GUGAUCGUAGUUAUAUGACGAAAUCGUAUUUACCAUAACAAACGUAGCCACCAACCGUGAGAUAACCCUUCCAAUAAUUGAUAAUUUUAAUUUAAUUUCAACCGUAGUUAUCAGUGCCUCUACAAACUGAUUAAUCUCUUUUGAGUCUAUGGCGUGUCUAGUUCGAACCAUGUCAUCAGAAGCCUCUGCUGGGCAUGUUCUUUUAGGAGGUGGAACAGGUUUCAUUGGCUCCGCUUUCAAAUACCUGCUGAACUGCAAUGGCUAUCAAGUCACAACCAUUUCAAGAAUGCCAGGUCCUGAUAGAAUUACAUGGAUUGAUGUUUCAAGCAAAGGUUUACCAAAAGGCAUAACAGCAGUUGUUAAUUUAGCAGGCCAAAAUAUACUGGACCCUGCAUCACGGUGGAACGAUGCUUUUAAACAGAAUGUUAGGAACAGUCGGAUUAAAACAACCCGAACCCUUACUCAAGCAAUUGCUGAUGCAGAUGAGAGGCCAAAAGUAUUUAUCUCAAUGUCUGGUGUAGGUGUCUACAAGCCUGACGAGAAAGCCUCCUAUGAUGAAUAUUCAGACGUAAGCCAGAGUUUUGAUUUCCUGUCUCAGCUUGCACUUGAGUGGGAGGCAGCUGCACGUUUACCUAGCGAUGUUGAAGAUGUACGACAAGUGAUAGUUAGAUCUGGCAUUGUUUUGGGGCGAAACGGAGGAAUGAUAAAGCAAAUAUAUUUACCAUUCUGGUUUUGUGUUGGAGGACCCAUAGGUUCUGGAACCCAGUUCAUGCCUUGGAUUCAUAUUUAUGACAUGUGCCACAUCCUUCUUUUUGCAAUUGAGAACAAUAAAGCCACCGGUAUCAUCAAUGGUGUUGCUCCGCAGAUAAUCACUAACAGUGAUUUCACCAGAUCAUUCGCAGGAGCCCUUCAUCGGCCAGCGUUUAUUCCUCUUCCAGCUUUGGCACUCCGACUCAUAUUUGGAGACGAACGAUCUAAAAUCAUGACUGAAGGACAGAAAGUGUACUCUAAGCGCCUUAAUGAACUAAAUUAUAAAUUCAAAUACGACAAUAUCGACCAGGCCUGUAAAACAUUCACAAAUUUUUAUACCUCUGCCAAAGAUACGCUGUAGUCGUUGUUUUUCUGAUUGUGAAGUUUGCGAAGUCAAUCGCCAAGUUCAAAUUUUUUGGAGUUCUAAUGUAGAGUGUAGUUAAAAAUGGAAUACUUCACUCUGUCAGUACCUGUUCAUUGAAGCCCUCCGUUACAUUUAAUGGGAAUUGAGAGAGGUGUCUAAAAACUGGAAAGAUACAGCAUGAGGAAAAGAAAUUUAGUUUAUUCAUGAAAAAUCUAAUCCAUUUGUUUUGAAUUUUUGAAGGGAUAUGAAACCUUUGCGGAUGCCGAGUGGUAAUUUUCUCAGGUAUCUCAUUUCUAGAACUGUAGUCAUUUUUAUUCAACAACGUCCCCUUUCUUUCUUUUCCUAUUUUGUGUUUAUGUCAGAAGGUAAAUUAAAACCCAAGAUUUUUAAUGAGUCAUUAUUUUUCAAAAUCAAACAUUGAAAAUCAAUCUUAUUUUACCAUGCAUAUGGGAAAGCACAAUUUACCCUUUUUUUUCAAUGGUCUAUGAUUUUGCAAAGUAUACUGAAAGCGAUGGAUUUUGCUCCGAUAUUUUGAUGUUUCCUUUUCAUGGAGAUCAAAGAUUUAGAGUUUUCUCCAUGGAAAGUGUGUUUUUAGCCUUGGUUUAGCUGAAAAUAAAAAAGUAUUCUCUGGAAAAAAGUCAAGAUUAAGUGAGGAAGUUUAGAUAAAUAAUUUUUCUCUUGUUAAUAUUUCAUUUAUAUUGAAGGCCAUCCUUAAUUUUGUUAACAUCACUGCAGCAAAUUGCAAUUGUAGGAUUACCAUUGUAGCGUUCAAUAACGUCCAAAGAUUUUUUAUCCCUUCAGUUGGACAAUCCGAGACUGCUCCUUAAAUGUUGUGAUAUUAGUCAUUGUAAUUUUAAUGUUAUUACUUCCUCUUUGUUCGAGGAUGAUGUUCUCUUUGUAACAUUUGUUUCAUAAAUAAUGAAAGAUUCACACUGUUCAUGUCUCAGUCUUAGAGAUUUGUAUGAAGUAACACAAUACCAUCCUUUUAACCUACCUUGCGCGCAGUUGUCAAAAAAGUUGUUGCGUUUUCUAUCAAGAUUUGACUACAGUUUGCAACUAGGCCCCACUAUUUUUGGCUUGAAUUCGUGUUGGGCACUUCAAAAUACUCCUGAUUUCUAAGUUUUAAGCAAAUCCUUUUUUUGGGGGCUAUUUUGAACCAGUAAUGAAUGGAGACCUGAACUCUUGCAGAUAAAUUUUUUAAUGCCCUCUCCAAUGAUGUAUCACAAAGUAAGGGCUGCCAUUUUAUUCACAAAAGAUAGGGUCGGUGUCUUCCUCAGAGGGCCCCUGCCAAGUGAAGUCCCACCUCUGAAGUUCUUUAAUUAAGUAAAAAUGUAUUUUUUUGCAGUGUUCCUAAUUUACUAUUCUUUCAUCAACGUCCUUAUCCACAGCCUCCUUGCGGAGUGAAAUUUUCUCAUUUUCUCACCAUCAAUGUGCUCUCACAUUAAUGUAGUUAUUUUUUAGAUCAUGAACUAUAAGUAUUUUUAAUAUAAUUUUAUUCCGUGAAUUAGCAGAUGCAAUGUGAAACCCUCUAAUUUAACAGCAACUAGUUAGGAAUAUUUUAGACCUAUUCUUAUUUUCACUUUUUCUCAUUUCCUGAGACUAAAUGAGUUCUCUCUGACAUUUGUCUGACUGGAAAAUGUCUACAAAGAUUGUAUUUACUACUUUAAUGAUGUUCUUAACAAUAGUUUCAGAUUCUGAGAGGAUACAAAAUCGUAUUACUCAGGAAUUGACUUCUGAGCAACAUUAUUUUUCAACGAGAAUAGUCAUUAGAGGUGUCCCAUGUGAAAGACGUCCUUCAGUCUUUUCAUAUUUUGAACAAAUACAAAUUGUAUUAACUUGAUGGACCAUAUUUUGUAUACUAAUUUUUAUUUUUCUUUUGCAGUGAAAUGUCCCAAGUUUCUUCUCAGAUUCCUCAUCAAAGCUUAUCAAGCUCGUUCUAAAGUUAUGCAUUAUCUGCACACAAAGCGAAAAGAAGCAGUCUCCCGGAAAAUUCAAGUAUUUUUUAAAAUUAUUUAUUUUUUAUUCUUUUUUCAAGAGAACGUUUUCAAUAAUUACCUCUUCUUCUUCAAAUUCCAGAGGAAGUGAAUCUUGCUGAGGCUCAGGUCUUAGAGGGAAGCAAAGAAGUAGAAAUUCCUGCGGGAAGCGAAGAAGCAGAAAUUCACACGGGAAGCGAAGAAGCAGAAAUCCCCACGGGAAGCAAUGAAGUAGAAAUUCCCACAGGAAGCAAAGAAGCAGAAAUCCCCAAAUGGUACCAAUCCAUUAACAUCUCCUCUCUCCCACACUGCAAGAAUGUCACUGAUUUGUUAGUCCACAUUAUUACCCAACCAAAAUAUGUUUGUACAAAAUUUGAAGGAUAGGACUACCAGGAAGAAAGAAAUCUGGGUGAAUAUUGCGAAAGAAAUGAAGAAAUAUGGUUACCCCUUGAACCUUGAGUCUGACUCCAUUGCAGCCAAUAAAUGCAGCCAGAAACUGCGGAAUUUGAAGAAAUGGUACAACAGGCUUUUGCAUAUCCAUAAGUGCGAUGAGAAUGAUCUGCCCGAGUGUCUUGCCAAGCUGCGCAAAGUAUUUGACUGGAAGCUAGAUGCAGUUGGCAGCAGUAUGGACAGUGGCAUUACUUUUUUGGGGGCGGAUGAUACUAUUCAAGUGGAUCCCAAGGAUCUCAUCGAAACCAUCAAUUUAGAGAAGUCACAAGGCAUCAUCAUUUUGAAACCUGAUAGGAAGGGUGGUUUUUCGUCAUUUGUUUACCCAGUAUAACCUAAAAUCAAGACCAGAUACAGAUAGACUAAUUAGACUAAAAAAUGUUGCUUCUCAGCUGACUUUUAAAGGACUCUAGUCCGAUUACAGAAGAAAAUACCGGGCCUGAAUUUUGUCAACCAGCUGAGUGUAAGUUCCGGCCAACUCCAUACCGCCCUGCCCCGGCCUGUAAGUCGAGUGAAAGCCCUCUGAUUGACGAAGCUCAAUAACUUUAGGAUUUUUUCUGUUAAUUUGUUGCCCAUUUUGAGCUAACAAAAAUUCAGGCCCUAAAAGUAAUGAUUGGUGUUCUAAUUAGGGCUGUGCGAGUACUCGAAUUUCGAAUCGAGUCGAGCCGAGUAUCAAGUACUCGACUCGGCUCAAAUGCGGAUAACUUGAGUUUCUUGAGUAUGUUGAGCUUUUUUGAGCCGAAAAUGCCAAAAGAGUCCAUCUCCUAAAUAUUUUAAUCAUUCUAUCAAUGUUUUCAGUCUCCCCAUCAUUUCUAAAUGUAAAAUCACGUGUUAAAACUCUUAAUUAUUUGACUCUGCUCAAGGGUUAUUUUCAAAGUUCGAAACAGUGAAAAAAUACUCGAACUCGGCUCAAACCCAAAAAACCAGGCUUGCACAGCCCUAGUUCUAAUCCUGUACAUUGAGAUGAACUCAGAAUUAUAAACCUUAACUGAGAGUCUUGGUUUGAGGGUCCAGCUUGGUUCCUUUCAAAAUUGACGCUGUAAUGAGGAAAUAUGUGUGGUUCUGUGACUUGGUUUUUCUUACCUCUCAAAAUAUUUCAAUCACUCAUGUGGAUUUAUUUCAAAACAAGAGGCUCAUUUGUAGACCAUGCUGGAAGAAGAGAGCAAGUAAUAGGUACAGCAUUUUGAGUACAAUACAACCUAUUUUAAAGUUUGAAAUGGUAUCCGAACGACCUGAGUGGGCCAAUUGAUCAACAAAAGGCAAUUCUCUCCACCCAUAUUCUAAAGUUUUGAAAUCUACUAGCGCUUUGAAAAAAAAUGUACUGGAAAGGGCAUAUUUUGUAGAUAUGCCCUUCUCCCAGCAAGGUCCCCAACUUAGAAUUUAAACCAAGGAAUUUUAGUACCAGUUGAACCUUUUUAGUAUUCAACCUAUUUCUGGAGGUACAUUGUAUUGAACAGAUUUAGAGUGAAUUUUGAAAAUAUCAUAGUAAGUUCCUCUUUUUUUUCCUCUUGAAGUCUUCAACCCCCUAUUUUUGACUAUCUUUGUAAAGUAACAAUUAAUCUGUGAAGUCUGUUUAUUUUAAGUAAUAAAGAAACAAUUUCGUUCCUGA